AUUAAAUGCUCAAUAACUCCUACGCUGCUAUGUGAUAUGAGGAGAGCUGCGUUUUGUUUGCUUUCCUUCAGAAAAACUUUAAUCUCAAGUUAGUAAACAAGACGAAAGGGCUUUUUCUGUCGAAAUUGUCUGCCCAUGUCAUUGAGAAGGUGACACGAGUUGUCUUUUCACAUGCCAUCGGUGUCUGCUGGGAUAUCCACUAGCCUCGUUAUGGAGACUUUUCGACGUGAAGGAAUGACGUCAGAGAUCGUGUGCUUCGAAGAGAGAAAUCCCCAUGUCUAGUCGAGGAUCCCCCUAUUCUGAGCGCAUAUUUUCACUUCAGCAGCCAAAAAUCAGCAAAAGGGUCAUAUUACACGUUUUGUGAUGUCUCAUAGAAACGGUUUGCUCAGUCAUCAGGUGACAGGGAACGUAAAAUUUCCUUGAUAGUCGUUGAAUCCGGUUAUGCCACGUCGAAAAUCUACCCAGAGUUCGCCUCUAAAGCGACCAUUGGAUGAAGAGCUUACCUGUGAAACAGCUGCCAGCAAGCAGGCCAAAAUUUCAGAUUCAUUGGAUGGACUCAGUGGAUCAACAGUGCAAGAAACAGGGUUACCAAGACCUGUACCUGGAGCUGCCCAGGAUGCAGGCAGCAAGGCAGUACAGCUUAAAAAGGUUAAGGUCAAGAUGGAGCUUAUUAAUGCUUCAUCUCCAGCAAGCACACCUGAAAGUCCUGCAGUUGCCACCUGUACCCUAGGCAACGUCACUUCUGUGACAGGCUCUGGAGGAAUUUAUGGCAGGGAAGAGAUGGUGGUAGUCACACGUACUUUGCCAGUUUCCAAAGCUGAGCAACUGCAGUCUGGCACAACCACCAUCACCACCAUCACCACCACCACCACCAGCAGCAACAACAGUGGCAGUGGCAAGCCAAACCGAUCAUUAGAGGCACUCUUUCAGGUAACUGACUCUGAGCUUCAGAAUAUGCGUCAGGAGCCUCAAACAACUGUGCCUGUGCCGGUGACAAAGCCAAAGCCUUCACUUCCCAGUACCUGUGCACCAACCAUCAUUAACACCACAACGGCCACUACCACUGCCCCUACCACACACAACAUUGUCGUUCUGAGCAACGUGGGUCCAAAUAUCAUCUCCCAAGAUGGUGUCCGCCUCAUUAUAACCGAAGAUGUGUCCAGCACAGGUGUCCCAGUCAAGCCCUUACACCACCACAAGGCAGCCAUCUUGCAGCAUAACCAUCAGCAACAGCAACAGCUACAGCAGCAGCAACAGCUGCAGCUGCAGUUGCCAGCACCACGGGGGGUCAUAAUGGCCCCAAACGUCGCUCUGACAGCUGCUGCUGGGCCUGCAAGGAAGCUGGUGUCCACUGAGGCAUCAGCUCUGGAAAAGAAACACCCGGCAUUAGGAAGCAUGCUGCACAAACAGAAGAUGAAGUUGGUCUACAUGAAACAAGCUGUAGAUUUUAACUCUGACAGCUCAUCACUUGUCUCAAUGUCUGCACCGCUGAAUAACACCAUUAGUUUAGACAACAGUGAUGAAGGGAGCCUGGCCAUCUCUGGCCAGUCCAGUGUGGAUUCCAACAGCAGCAGCACCUUGAUGCUAUCAGCUCUGGGCUUGGCAGGGCGUAAGAGAAAGCACCCUCAAAAGCCUGGUCGCCAUGUCUGCAACUACUGUGGGAGAGGGUGUGCCAAGCCCAGCGUUCUACAAAAACACUUGCGAGCCCACACCGGCGAGCGUCCAUACCCCUGCCACCCAUGCGGCUUUUCUUUUAAGACCAAAAGCAACUUGUACAAACACCAGAAGUCCCUGGCACAUGCUGUAAGAGUGGGGCAGAUUGCAAAGGGACAGCUAGUGUCCUCUGUGGAAGAAGGGUCAGAAAAGCAUGUAGCUGAAGGAGAUGUUUCUGUGAAGGAAGGAAGUACCCUGGAGGAGGAAUCUGGAGCAGAUUCGGAAAGGACUGAUUCUGAUGCAGAGGCUAGCAUUGAUAAUGAGGAGGAUGUAGUUGUGUUGAGGGAAGAUGCAGGGAUUAAGGACAUGAUGAUAAAGCUGAUGCCAAGGGCUGUUUCUCCCUCCCUAACGUUCAAAGAAGCAAUGGCAAGCCAAGCCAGUAGUAGUGGUGAGGCUUUCACAGGCGGAAAGAACAGCAUCAGCCACACACAGGAACAUGCAGGUAGGGAAUUCACCUUUGACAAGCCAGUCCGAGAAGAGUCUAUUCUGGAAAACAUUCGACAGAAGAUUGACAAGAAGAAACUAAUGGAGUGGAGCAGACAGAUGGACAGGAUUAAGCACAAAGAGCAUGUUGAUCUCCUACAAGUGCACAGCAAUUUUCCUACUCGCAUUGCACCCAAAGCAGGUAGCAGCACAGAGACCAGUGUUUCAGUGCAUGGUGAGCUUGAUAGUUUGAGUUCAGAUGCCAACUUGGCUUUCCAAGACUCUUUACAUCCCUUAGUUACACUGAGAUCUGACUCAGAGCCGGUAACAUCAGCAGUGUCUCAUCAUGAGGCUCAGUUUUGCCGACAAGUUUCAGCCCCAGCAGAUCUUUCAGUGGCUUCUUCUGCCUCUUCAUUGCCAUCCCAACCUUUCAGGUUUUUAUCCCAGCAACAGUCUGAGUGUACUAAGGAAGAAACAGACGUUAAGGAGGACACAGGUUCUGUCAGCUGCUUAAACCAGGCAACCAAAGCUUUACAGAAACUGGAAGCCUUGAGAGAAAAGUUCCCAGACACAGCUGGCUGUACGUACACUUUCAAAACCCUUCCUGACAAUGCCAUACAGGUUACCAUUCACAUGGCCAAAGAUGAGAAAGAAGAGACAGCUAAAGACAAGAGCGAAGAAGGAAGUAAAAAUGUGCCAGCCAUUCAGAUUCAUAGUGAUAAGUCAGCCUUGAAAGAGCCGGUACUCACCAAGUCUGUCUCAAUGACUGGCAGUCUGGAGAGUGUCGGGUGUGUCUCAGGGAGUAACAAUGCUGGUGCAGCUGGCACCAGCCAGCAUGUUAAGCUUGCUCCACGAAUGCCUCCAUUGUUGAGCCGCUCCAUUUCUGCUGACUGCAAGCUUACAACAUCAGAGAUUCUGAAAGAAAGGAUUCAAAAACUCAUAUCAGCUAAUGCAGCCAUCGUGGACAUGCCCAUGGUCGACCCUCCUCGGUCAAAGGGAAGAUUUUCUCGUCAGAACAGUGACUCUUGCUUCCAGUCAUGGAAGAUCAAUGAUCAGCCAAUCAAAGGAGCAAGUGGAGAUGACCAAUUGCAAUCAUCAUCAGCAAUUUCUUCCUCCUCCUCUGCCUGUCCAAGAAUUGCCAUUCCAACCAUUUCUUCAGUUCCAUUGCACCCAAUACCACUUGAAGGGGAAGUUCAGAGUAGAGCAAUUCUCUCUUCCUCUGCUUCACUGGACAUCAGCCAGGACAGAUCCAGUGCCAGUAGAGACUUGAGACGCUCUGUCUCUGUGUCCAGCGUUCGUUCAAGUGACCAGCCUUGCAUCUUCAAGCCAUCUGAAGGUUUGGACAAAACAAAAGGGAGCGGGAAAGAGGUGGACAAGCUGUACUUAAUAACUUCUCCUCCCUCUGUGGUUGUGAGCAGUGCAGAAAGACCAUCUGAGGUGGCUUUUGUCUCAUCCGAUGGAAAGCUCUCCAUUCCCACUUUACUUCCUGCGGAGGUGCUUAGUGCAUUAAGUUCUGCAUCAGCAUUAUCAGGGAAUGCAGCUGGUGAAAUAAAAAUCCAAUUCAAACUUGGGAAGUCCAGUUCAGAACAAACCUUUUCCUUGGCACAAGCAUCCCCAGCACCAGCAGAAAAGAUUUCCUUCCCAGUUGUAAACACUUCACCUUCAGUUCCCAUGAUUGGCCAAGGGGUGAAGUUUUCCUCAGUUGGAAUGGGCAGUGAGGGGAAUAUUCAACCAUCAAAACAAGUUUCACACAAUGCCGUCAUCAAGGACCUUCUUAAAAAGGGCAGUGUUUCAAAGUCCCCAUCAACCUUAAUGCCACCGUCUGCACUUCACGAAAUAUCAUUUUGCCGCCCACCCAAAUUGAAGUCUGAUACAAAAGUGAAGAGUGCUGAUGCAGCUUUGGGCAGCAUGCUGCGGCAUCCUAGCCACAUCACCAAGCCAGGAUAUGGCCCACAGCAAGUUGUGCUCACAGUGAAAGAUGUGCACUCCAAGUCCAUGGAUGCUGCAUCCACGUCUGAUAGCUUAGAUCAGACAAGAGUUUUCACAGUGCGCGAUGCCAUUUUAGGUGUCAGCAGUGUCGGUCAACCGUGCAUGCCAUUAUCUUCAGAGAGUCAGCAGCUGGGUUCAGCCUUGCCUGGAGAAUCUUUGAAAGACAAAACUGAGACCUCUGAGAAAUUCUCUUGUAAAUACUGUGGCGUCUUGUUUGACAAGAGCCAGUAUCUAAACAUGCAUAUGAUGUUUUAUUGCACGAAAUCAAAGCAGAUAACUGUGGACCCUUCUGUCAUUGAAGCAGCCAAUGCCAAAAUUAUCUCUUCCAUUGCCUCUACACCUGUGUCGUCAUCAACAGUGGAGAGGUUGAAACUGAAGUCUGGAAAGCUACAGUUCCAUCACCAUUCAGAGGAGGAGCUGAAUGAUAAGUUGAAUGCUGGUAAAAAGGCUAGUAAUCCAGCUUUCUUAAAGUCCCAUUCAACAACAGAAGUUGAAGCCCGUUCUUGGGGGCAAAAAGAUGACUAUCCUCAGCUACGUUCACAGCUGACUUACGUCCAUCCCAGUCAGUGGAUGAAAAUUGCCAUAGGGGAGAUGGGUUUCCCAGGCCACAGCAGAAUUUCAUCAUUGAAAACAUAGAUCCUCUUGUGCCACCAAAGAAGGGGCGUC